GCCAGAAGUGUCAAUCACUUGGAAAAGGUUUUUUGACGGAACACCUUCAGGCGGCAUGAGUAGUUGAGGCUCAGGAGCCCGCAAGCCAGCAAAAGACAAUCUCACCAAUUCCAACCAAACAAAUGAUCUGAUGCUCCACUGGUGUUUGUAAGCCAUGGCUUGCCAGGUUGCUGACCUUCGUUCCAGCUUACAUCAAGCGACAUUGGUGACGAUGGUCAUGCAGCUACAAGAGGAGCUUAGAGCGUACAUGUUCUUAUUUGUGGAGGUGGCUUGCGUGGGGCACAUGGCUCCUGCUUGCUUGCAAAUGAGAAAUUGCCUUUGGAACGAUGCAGCUUUCUGGAAGGCCUACGCUGGUGUUUGCUUUGACCAGCCGCCCGAAAGCAUGGCCGCGGCUGCUCUAAGGGAAGCCUUCCGACGUUGGCUCUUCCAGCUCGAAGACCGCUGGGCCGUCGAGUUCGAAGAAGUCAUCACGCAGGAUAGCAGCUCCGAAUUUGGCGCCAACUACCUGCAGCUCUUCAAGGAUGCAAGGUACAUAGCGUCUGGGCUGAUGCCGUCAGACAGCUCUCCACAGGUGGCAUCCUUUGCAAAGCUUUCUGCUUCGAUGCUCUCCCAGUACAAUCCCAAGUAGUUGGAUGAAAGAUGGGCGGCUGAAAGCUUGAUCUCCAAGGUGGAGCAGCGCAGCGAUGUCUUCACCACGGAGCAAAUCCGUCAAAUCACAAAUGCCUUUGAGGAGUCACUGGAAAAUUCCUUUUUGCAGCAGCACUUGGAGGCAGAUGAUGGCCAAUUUGCCGAGCCCCUUCCCGAGGGUGUGUGGCAAACUUGGGAAUUGGAGGAGGAUGACUCAGAGGAGAGCUUUGCAAACAUGGAUCUCUUCAUCCUCGACCUUCCAACGACCCCAACGACCCAAGCGUCGAAGUCUCAUCUCGUCCUCCGAGUUUCUCCGACUGGGCAGAGCUGGACCCGUCAGAGACGGCUCCUGCUCUUCGCUGAAAUGACUCGUCGGAAAAGAUGUGGUCCUUUGCGUGGGAGUGUGCGGUGGGAAUCGCAUUGCAGAAAUGGAGAAAACAUCCUGAAGGAUCAAGGCAAAGUAGCAUCCCUCCACAAGUCGUGGGCUCGUUGUUUCA